AUGCUUUAUUGCUUUUCUGUCACUCUUUCUUCUCUUUUCCCUUUCUCUUUCACUUUCUUUUUUGCUCUCUCUUUUUUAUUAUUCUUUUUCAUCACUUCUAUUCUCUUUCUUUCCCCUUUUAUCCCCUUCUCUCUUUCUUUCUUUCUUUCUUUCUUUCUUUCUUCUCAUUAUCGCAGUGCCUCUCUGUCCUUUUUUUCGGUCAAAAUUCUUUCUUUCUCGGUCUUGCCUGCUCUUUUUCUCAUUUUUUUCUUUCUCUUUUUUCCUCUUUUUCUGGAUCUAUUAAAUGCUCUUUCUUUUAAAAAUUUCUCUCUCUCUUUCUUUGCCUCUCUUUCUCUCUCUCUCUCUCUCUUUCUUUUCUCUUCUUUUUCUCUCUUUUCUGCUCUUUUCUUUUCUCUCUCUCUCUGCCUCUCUUUCUUUCUUCUUCUUUCUUUUUUCUCUCUCCUUUUCUCUCUCUCUCUGCUCUGUUCUCUCUCUCUUCUUGAUAUUCUCUCUAGAAAAAAAAUGUUUCUCUCUCUCACUCUUCGAUAUCUCUUCUCUCAUCUCGUGCCCUCUCUCUCUCUCUCUCUCUCUGUUCCUCUCCCUAUAUCUUUAUCUUUUCCUACAUGUCACACUUGCUCUCUCUCUUCCUGCUCUCUCUCUGUUCCUCUCCCCAUCUUUCUCUAUCUUUUCCUACCUCUCACACGUGCUCUCUCUCUUCCUGCUUUUUCUUUCUCUCUCUCUCUUUCUCUGUAUAUAUCUUUCUCUAUCUCUAUCUCUCACAUGUGCCCUCUCUCUCUCCCUCGCCCCAACUCCCACCCUGAUUUGAUUUUACUUUUUAAGUCAUAG